AAAAACCUGAGCAAGCAAGAACAGGCCAAUGUCAUUUUCCACGAUCACACCAAAGAACAUGGAUGCAGGCAAGAAAAACGCAGUUCUAAGAGAGGGAUUUCUCGUGAAAAGGGGUCACGUCGUUCCCAACUGGAAGGCCCGCUGGUUCGUUCUGACGCCAGAGAAGAUCCUGUAUUACAAAUAUGAAGGAGGGAAGAGAGACUCCUGUCAGCGAGGGAAAAUCCUUCUGAAAAACUGUGUUAUAACCUGCCCUUUCCUGGAAUAUGAAAGUCGACCGUUGGUGCUGAAGCUCCACACCGCGCACGGGGUGGAUCACUAUUUGGAAGCUUGUUCCAGGGAGGAGAGGGACGAGUGGGCGGCCGAUAUCACAGCUGUCAUCCAGGGGCUGGGGACCACCGGCGGCGAGGAGGUGACCGACAAGAAAGUCCCCGAAUCCCAGAUGCACAACAUCAACCUGAGCAAGGUGUUGGACUCCAUGUACGAUGUCCACAGUGGAAUCAACUUGAGCAAUCACGUGGAGCAAGGCAGCACUUACAGCAACUGUUUCUCAGGUUCGGCAGUGGUGGACUGGCUGGUGUUCAUGCAGCUGGCUCUGACCCGCGUGGAGGCCGUGACCCUGGCCUCGGCCCUGAUGGAGGAGGGCUUCCUGCGGACCGUUGGCCUGAAGAGCGCAGAGGCCCUCCGCACCGCCGGCCUCAGCGAGCAGUUCCUGGACGACUCCACUGCGCUGUACAGCUUUUCCGACAGUUUAAAGAAGAGAGGCAGCGUGAGGGCACAGACCUCGCUGUCUGCAGUGGAAAUGAGCGGAAAAGUGAUGAAGAGGGGAUUCCUGCUUAAGCAGGGACACAGACGGAAAAACUGGAAGGUGCGACUGUUUGUGCUGCGCUCAGAGCCUGCUUUCCUCCACUAUUAUGAUCCCGCCAGGGAUGACAUCAGCCCCGUGGGCGGCUUCUCGCUUCGAGGGUGUCUGGUAUCCUCCCUGGAAGAUAAUGGAGUUCCCUCAGGUGUGAAGGGAAAUAUUCAAGGCAACUUAUUUAAGAUCAUCACUCAGUCAGACACUCAUUACUUCAUCCAGGCUGCUACUCAUCAGGAUAAGAUGGACUGGAUCGAUGCUAUUAGACAGCAGACAUAGAGCUGCUGACCCUGUUGGAAUCUGACACCUGAUCCAUUUAGGCUGUUGUACCGAUAACCGAAUUUACUCAUUCCAUGAAUGCAAUUAUAGCUCUUGUGCCUUGAAUGUUGUGUAUUUUGGGUUUGUGAGAAGAGGUUUUGGAAGCCUUUUAGUUGUUGCACUUUCUGUUGUACUCAUUCAGUUCAUGUGAACAGGCUACUUGACUUUAUAGGAUUAUUUUUUUUUGUUGUUGAAUCAUUUAGAGUUUUAUCUUUUUCGUUAACGCAGCACUAUAUACUGUUUAUAAGAAAUCGAUUUCACCAGGUAUUGUACUUCUUUGUAAUUUACGCUCUUUUCUUGACACUCUGAUCACUGGUAAGUUGGUCAAGAAUUCGAUCAAGAGCAAGGUGUAAAAAACGGUCUAAAUUAAAUACCUGAACCAA